AUGAAGAGUGGCCCGAAUAACAAAAAUGGUCAGGGAUGGGUAGGAUGCAAAGUUCAUUCAAAGACAAUGGAUGUGAAUUUAAGUUCCACUUCAAAAGCUAAUAAGAAAUGUCAGAGAAUUGUUGAUAUAUUAAUGAUAUUUGCAGCGGUAAUAUUUGGAAUCGGAGCAUUUUUUACAGAAAAUAAAACCAAAAUAAUAUUCCUGGUUUCUGGAGUUUUCCCAGCAUGCUAUUUAGCAUUCAGAGCGUGUAUUGAAAUUAAAACUGCAUAUCAAGAAAAUGAAUCAAUCAAUCCAUUCAAGAAUAAGAAAGUAAUUUCAUUUUGGAUUUCAUUAAUUAUCAACAUUGUAGCAAUUGCUUACAACUCCAUUUUCAUCGUAAAAUUAUUAAGUUAA